UACUACUCAACAGUCAUACGUCUGAUGCGAUAUGUUAGCGGCGCGGCAGUGGAAAACCGGUCAGAAGCAUGCCCAAGAACUGGCACGGUUCAGGGUAGAGGGGCUGCAGUUGCUGCUGCUAAAUGGAACAAGGAUUGGAUUCGCAUCCCCUGGCGCUGACGUUUAGCAGCGCAGCGCUGGAGGGAGAAUACUUGGCGUCCGUCGCUCGUCGGCGCUGGCCAGUCCUCGUAUUCAUUUUCUGUUUCGACGUCUCCUGCUACCUUUUCCGGAUAACUGCCAAGCUUAUCAAGAUAUUACUCGAUGCAGAGCCAGCGGGUCUGCUGCGCCGCGCCGCCGACCUGGCCCGCGAGUUCGGUCCGCAGCUGGCCAACAUGGCGGUGCUGUACCUGUUCCUGGGGCUGCUUAACAGGCGCAGCAGGAGGCUGGGAGACAAGGCGGCCAGACAGGAGGAAGUGCUGCUGUCUGUGUGCAUGGCCUUCGCCAUCUGCAACCUGCUGGCCUCGCUGUCCGCCGACAACAGCAGCGACUACGUCUACGUGGCUUUCUUCCUGAUCUGCACCUCCACCUUCCUCAAGAUCCGCUGGUGGGUGGGCACCGCCAUCCAGGCCGUGCCCGCCGCGCUCAUGCAGUACCUGGUGCUGGGCGGCGGCAGCGGACUGCGCGGGCUGCUGGCGGCCGCCUCCGCACCCCCGGCGUCGGCCGACAGCACCACCGGCAGUAGCACUGCUGAUAGCGGCCCCGACAGCGGCACCAGCGCCGGCACCGGCAGUAGCAGCCUGGCGGCACUGCUGCCCCCUGACGCGGCGGUGCACGUGGCGGUGGCGUGGGCGGUGGGCGGGCUGAUGGCCUACCUGGCGGACUGGUACCAGCGCCAGAUGUUUGCGCACAGCAAGCUGGCGGCGCUAGCGCACAGCAGCGAGAUGACGGAGGCGCAGGCGCGCAUCGCGGCGCAGAGGGCGCUGGCGGCGGCGCAGGCGCAGGCGGCGCAGCGGGCGCUGAGUGUGGCGCGGGAGAAGGCGGCCAAUGAGGCCAAGUCCGAGUUCAUGAGCCUGAUGUGCCACGAGGUGCGCACGCCGCUCAACGGCUGCCUGGCCUCCGCCGAGAUGCUGCUGGAGACCCCGCUGGCGGCGGAGCAGCGCGAGCUGGCCGCCACCAUCCGCGUCAGCGGCUCCAUCCUGCUGUCCACCGUCAGCAACUUCCUGGACUUUUUUAAGCUGGAGGCGGGCAAGGCGCUGGACAUUGUGCGCACCGCCACGGACCUGAGGCGCCUGGUGGCGGAGGUGCACUGCAUCGUGGAGGCCAUGGUGGGUCGUGGCGGCGAGGUGGCCCUGCUGGAGCCGCACCUGGACGGCCCACUGGCGGCGGGCGGGCGGCCCGUGUACUGCGACGCGGACCGGGUGCGCGGCAUCCUGCUCAACCUGUACACCAACGCCGCCAAGUUCACCAAGGCAGGACACAUACAGCUGCGGGUGCGCGAGGUGCCGCCCGGCUACGCGCCCGAGCCGGCGCCCGGCUACAGCGCCAUUGUGGUCGCGCCGCCCACCUACAACCACCACCACUUGGGCGGCGGGGCAGGCGGCGGCGGCGGCGGCACCAGUGGCAGUGGCGGCCUGGGCGCGGCGGGCGGACGAGGCGGGCGAGGAGGUGGCGGUGGUGGUGGUGGUGUUGGUGAGGGGCGGGGCAGCACUCAGGGGCAGUACACGCCGCGUGCCGCCGCCGGGCCGGGCGCCUACCUGAACCCCUUCUCCUCACAGCCGCAGCCCCAGCCCCAGCCGCACCAGCUGGCUCCCUCCGCCGCCUCCACGCCUCAGCCUCACCCCACGCCCGCCUCCUCCUCCGACAACAACCUGCUGAUGAGGGAGCUGGCGGGGCUGGGGCCGGCGCCCUCGCACCUGCGGCCGCAGCCCCAGGCGCAGCCCCAGGCGCUGCCGGAGACAGAGGCUCCGGCCGGCGAGGUCCAGCAGCCCACAGCCGCCCCGGCCUGCAGCGGCGCCGCACCCAGCGCCCCGCCACAGCAGCAACAGCAGCAGCAGCAGCAGCAGGCGGGUGCCGGCAAGGACGACGGCCGUAAGGACGCGGGCGGCGGCGGCGGUGGCGGUGGUGGUGGGCCCGGCCUGGAUGUGGUGCUGGUGUGCGACUCGGACGGCAGCAGCGCCGCCAGCAGCGCGCCGCACUCGGGGCCGCGGGAGGGAGGGCUGGGGCUGGGACUCAGCGGUGCGGCGGAGGCGGCCUUGGGCGCGGCGCAGCAGCUCACGGCGGGGCCAGUGCCGGGCCUGGGUGGCGCGACUGGCGCGGAGCCAGACUGCACCUCCCAGGGUCAGGACACGACCCACGGGCCGGGCGGCGCCGCAGGUGGCACUGCCACUGCCACUGCCACCGCCUCAGCUCAAGAGGGGGCGGGGUCGGAGGCAGGCGCUGUGCCGGUGGGCGGCAGUGCUCCUUCGACGGCGUCUAGCUUGGAGACGGGGCCGGGGCGGCCGGACAGCGCCCGGCCCACUCACCCGCCUGCGGCCGCACCGCAGCAGCCAGCCGCCCAGCACGGCGGUGCGGGGGCCGCGGCGGCCGCUCACUCGGGCGCUCACUCGGGCGCUGCCGCGGGCCAGGCUGGCUCGGGCGCGGGGGGUCCGGGUGGUGACAUGGAGCUGAUGGAGUCGGAGCCGCGCUGGCUGCUGUUCGAGGUGGCGGACACAGGUGUGGGCAUCACGCCCGAGGGCCUCAAGGCGCUGUUCCGGGAGUACGUGCAGGGCACCGAGGACGAGAUGCGCAAGCCGCGGAGCAAGGGCGGCACCGGGCUGGGACUGUCCAUCUGCAGCAAGCAGGUGGGCGUGCUGGGCGGCCGCAUUGGAGCCUACUCAGCCGCCGGCCGCGGCUCCGUGUUCUGGUUCACCAUACCGCUCAUAGCAGCCGCCGUGCCGCCGCCGCCGCCGCCGCCGCCACCGCCAGCGGCUGCGGCACCGGUUUCGGAGUCGGAGGCCGCGGCGGACGCAGACGCAGCGACGAUGGCGGUGGCAAGGGCAGCAGCUGCAGCGGUGGCGGACGGAGGCGCGGUGCACAGCCCCUCUGACACCGAGGCGGGUGCCACUGCGGGCUGCGGGGAACCGCAACAGCAGCAACAGCCAUGCUGCACCACACCUGACGGAGGGUUGGGUGGCGACGGGCCACAGCCGGGGUCGCAACUGGCAGUUGCUCGUGAGUCCCAGGGCGGCGCCGCUGGCGCGUCGCCGCCGGCGGCCUCAUCGCGGCCGCACCCGCCUGGCGGCUGCGUGCAGGAGCUCGCGGCGGCCUCGUGGCAAGGGGGCGCGCCGCCGCUGCCGUCCGUGCUGGCCGCCGCACGGGGCUCGUGCAGCUGCGCCGCGGAUGACGCGGCUGGGACAUCAGCCCAUGCCGCCGCGACCACUUGUGACGCUGGUCUGGACGGCGGCGUAGGUGGCGGCGAGCGGGGACUGGUGUCAGCGCGCGCGUCGGCGGCGGCGGGCGGCGGCGGUCCGCUGCUGCCAGCUGCAUCGGCGCACGCCAGCAGCAGCGGGCGGGCUGCGGGCGGGCGGGCGGACGAGGAGGGGCCGCCGGAUGUGGGCUCGCUGCUGCGUUCGGAGCUGGGGCUGGAGGCGGGGCCGGGGCACGCCGCGCCGCCCUGUGCGGGCGCACGGGUGGGUGCCGGCGGCGGCGACGUCAGGGCGGGCUGCUCGCCGAGCCCGGCUGUGGCCCCGGGGCUGGCGUCAGCGCGCACGUCCACUGCCGCCGCCAUGCAGCCGGCCUCGCCCGCGGCCGGGUCCGACACCCCGUCAUCCACCGCGGCGGCUGCGGCCGGGGCCACCGCUGCGCCCGCGACAUGGCCGGGCGCAGGGCCCGGGGGCGGUGUAAGGCCAGAGGGCAGCACUGGCGCGCCCCAGCCUGGCACAGCGCUGCCAUUCACGCCCAUGCCCGCGUCCUCCUGCUCCGGCCCCGGCCCGUCCGGCUCCUCGGCGGCGGUGGUGACGUCCAUGUCGGCGCUGCUGGCGGCGGGGCAGCUGGGCUCCGCGCCGCACCCCGCGCACAUGUCCGUGCUCCGGGGCGGCGGCAGCACCGCCGGGCUCAGCCCCAGCAUCAGCAAUGGCGGCGUCUCGGUGUCCGGGGCUGCUGGCGCCGGCGGGGCGGGCGGGCCGGGCAGCUCGGCCGGGGCUGCUGGCGGCUCGGGUGGCGGCGGCGAGGCUGGCGGCGCGCUGAGCGGUCGGCGUGUGCUGCUGGUGGAGGACAACCUCAUCAACCAGACGGUGGCGCGCAAGAUGCUUGCCAGCCUGGGUCUGCGCUGUGAGGUGGCCAGCAACGGCCUGGAGGCGGUGCAGGCCGUGGAGAAGGUGCUGGCAGCUGGCUCCGCCGCCUCCGCCGCCUCCGCCGCCUCCCCAGCCGCCGCGCCCAUGUUUGACAUGGUGCUGAUGGACAUGGCCAUGCCGGUCAUGGGCGGCGUGGACGCCACUCGCGCCAUACGGCGGCUGGGCUGCGCCGUGCCCAUACUGGCCAUGACCGCCAACGCCAGCGACAGGGACCGGGACGCCUGCUUCGAGGCGGGCAUGGACGGAUUCCUCACCAAGCCCAUCCUGCGGGCCGCGCUGGCGGAGGCGCUGGUCAACGUGCUCGAGGGGGCGGCUGCGACAGCGGCGGCGACGGCGGCGGCGGCGGCGGGGGGAGCGGUAGACAGCGGCGCAGCGAAGAGAUGAGGCACAACUGGGUUUUACUCUUGCGCUCGUGUUUUGUUGUUGGGCUUGCAUCGCAGGAGGCUGCGGCUAUGCCAAGGCUUUUCCUUGGUGUUGGAGCCGAGAGAAUGCUCAACUUGCUGUUAGUGGGAAUGAGGUGCAAUUCGUGAGCUGUCCUUGUCUAUACGUGCUUGUGUUGUGGGCUUAGUCAACGGGGAGUGUUGUGGAAUGUUUGCAAGGGCUGGCUGGGCUCGGCCGUCGCAUGCGGAUGUAUGCUUGCGUGUGGAGUGGCAGGGCCUGGAGAGUGUGUGUCUGUGUAUGCGUGAACGCGUCAGCCCAGUGCCCACCGACCAGCAGUGGUGGCGGCGUGACGUGAGAGGUGGGGAAGGAUUUGGGGCCCCUAUAAUGCUGCAUGGGCUUCUGCACUCCUUCGCGUCCCUGUGAGCGCUGUCGGACCGAUGAGCGACGUGAUGGAACAUGGCAAGGGGCAGGAAAGCGUAGUCCCGAUGUGUGUGGCUCCCACCCGCACGCUGCCUAGUUGGCAGUGAGUCUUGCUGCCUGGCCUCGGCAAGGUCAACCUGGAUAAGGGCCCGACGUUGAGUUGGCGGGGGGCCAUCGCGAUGUCAUAAAUUGUAACACCUGCAACGCUUCAAGGCGUACACUCUGCGGGCUGCGGUUCAGGUUCACGUGACCCAAGCGGUUCACGGAUCUUGAGGCGUGAACCCUCUUUUGCCGUCCAGCAAUGUCUGUCGACGAGGGGAGGCCGCUUCGGCGGCCGAUAGCCCCCGUACACCCCGCCACCUGACCCCAAGUUGGUCGCCAACGCACUGGGCUCCGUGCGGGUGGGGCGCGGCGCCUGGACUGCGGGGGGCACGAGGGCCCCGCUAACCCCGAGACCAU